GGAAAGAUGGAUCCCUUGUUUUGGCCACCAGAAACCAACAGCUUUCAGCGUUUCACUCCUGAAUCCUUGGCAGCAAUUGAGAACAGAAUUGCUGAGAAAAAAAGGAAGAAAGACAAAGCUAAGAAGGAGAGUAGUGACCAAGAAGUUGAAGAAGAUAAACCUACUCCUCAGCUUGAUCUGAAAACCUACAAAAAACUGCCGUCUCUCUAUGGGGAUGUUCCUGUGGAGCUCAUUGGGGAACCCCUGGAAGAUUUGGAUCCAUACUAUAGUGAUCACAAGACUUUCAUGGUGAUAAAUAAAAGGAGGACUAUUUUCCGGUUUACUGCUACGCCUGCCUUAUGUAUACUUGGUCCUUUCAAUCCAGUCAGAAAAGCAGCAAUUCACAUUCUGAUUCAUUCAAUAUUUGUUGGCUUUAUUACAUGUACUGUGAUACUCAAUUGUGCUUCCAUGGCUGUAAAUAACCUUCCAGCACAGCUCAACUGGACUGAACAUCUUUUUACUAGCAUAUAUACUGGUGAAAUAUUGAUAAAAUUAUUAGCAAGAGGAUUUGUUUGGAAUGAAUUUACCUUUCUUCGAGAUCCGUGGAAUUGUUUGGAUUUUGUUGUUAUCAUUGUGACGUAUGUUAGUAUCUGUAAAACAUCAGGAAAUGUUUCAGCUCUUCGGACUUUCAGAGUACUGAGGACUUUGAAAGCUAUUUCAGUAAUACCAGGUCUGAAAGUCAUCGUAAAUUCACUUAUUGAAUCUGUUAAGAAACUUACCGAUGUGCUGAUCUUGACUGUUUUUUGUUUGAGUAUAUUUGCUCUCAUUGGCCUCCAGCUUUUUAUGGGCAAUUUAAAAUUCAAAUGUAUCCUCAAUUCUACUACAGCUGAUACAUACAAUGACAUUUUAUGUAAGGAUGCCAAGAUAUAUUCACCAAAUGAAACUGGUAAAUUUUCAUUAUAUAUCUGUGCCAGAAUGAAUAAAUCUUCUGAAAUACUGCUCUGUGGUUUCAGUUCGAAUCCUAAUGAAGAGUGCCCCCAAAACUAUACAUGCUUGAAGAUUGGGAAGAAUCCUGACUUUGGCUACACUAGUUUUGAUCAUUUUGGCUGGGCCUUCCUUUCUUUAUUCCGUCUGAUGACACAAGAUUCCUGGGAGCGUCUCUACAGACAAACUAUCCGCACAUCUGGAAAGAGCUACAUUUUAUUUUUUAUGGGAGUCAUCUUUUUAUGCUCAUUUUAUCUCUUCAAUCUGAUCUUGGCUGUAGUAACUAUGGCGUAUGAAGAGCAAAAUAAAGCUACUCUUGCUGAAACACAGGCAAAGGAAAAAUUACUUCAAGAUGCUCAUCAAAUUCUAGAGAAAGAACAGAUGUUGGCUGCUGGAGAGAGUGAUAAGGCCUUGCAUGUCAGAUAUGAAAUGCCAGUUGCUGACUUAGAAAAUUCGAAAGAAAAAGAGAUGAAAGGAGAAAAGCCCAUUUCAAGACAAAGAUUAAUUUUAGGUGAUCAUGUUGAAGAGGAACACAUAUUUUAUUCACAGCCUAAUCAUUGCCAAAAGAAACUUAGGCAGAUCCUGCUGUCCUAUGAAUUGUCAGUGGACUCCAUUAAUGAUCCUCUUCGAAGACAGAGGUUAAUGAGUGCAGCCACUGUUAUUACAGAUAAUUUGCAAUUGCAGGAGUCAAAGCUGAAAUUCCCUUUAAUUUGGAAACGUUUUGCUCAAAAGUAUCUAAUAUGGAAUUGUAGCCCAUUCUGGAGAUUAGUCAAAGAGAAGGUGAAAUUGGUAAUUUUGGAUCCAUUUGUUGAUCUCAUAAUCAUGAUUUGCAUUAUAGUGAAUACUUUUUUCAUGGCUCUGGAGCACCCUGACAUGACAUCCCUUUUCAAAGACAUGAUUUAUAUAAGUGACAAGGUCUUCACCCUGAUUUUUGCAGCAGAAAUGAUCUUGAAAAUCAUCGCUCUAGAUCCUUACUACUACUUUCAGCAAAAAUGGAAUAUUUUUGAUAGUGUAGUUGUUAUGGUUGGCUUAAUAAGUUUUAAUGCAAAUCUGUCAUUUUUCAGGCUGCUCAGAAUCUUCAAAUUGGCAAAGAUGUGGCCAGCCUUAAAUACUCUUAUGAAAAUAAUUCUAAACUCAGUUGGUGCUCUGGGUAACCUCACUCUGGUUUUGAUUAUCACUGUAUUUAUUUUUGCUGUAGUAGGAAAGCAGGUUUUGGGAAAAUGUUAUGAGGCUAACUUCUUAAAAAUAAAUAUAGACCAUAAUUUACGCUGGCAUAUGAAGGAUUUUUGUCAUUCAUUCCUGGUCAUAUUCCGAAUAUUAUGUGGAGAAUGGAUUGAAACCAUGUGGGAAUGUAUGGAAGUGGCUGGAGAAGGUCUCUGUCUUCUCAUUUUCCUGCUAGUCCUGGUGAUAGGAAACUUAGUGGUGCUCAACCUAUUUAUUGCCUUGCUGCUGAGUUCGUUCAGUACCGACUCCUCAAUGGGACAAGAGGAAGCUGAAAAACAGACUAAAUGUCAGAUUGCCAUUGCACGGAUUCACAAAGGCCUUCAGUCUGUGAAAGAGAGAAUUUUGGAUAAAUGUGGCAAAAUAAUGAAAAGAAACCUCAAAACAACAGCCAAAAAGAAUUCUUUGGUGAAAACUUCUACCAAAGACCUAGAAGAAAAUAGCUAUGCCAUGACAGACGUCACAAAGGACAUAGACAACAGUUUUUUUGACAUUGGGUAUUACAAUACUGAAGAAAGUUAUUCAGUAACAAGGAAAUACGAAGAAUUUUCAACUUAUCAUAGUACCUGCGUUCCCAUUGCAGUAGCAGAGGCUUACACCAAUGAAGGUGGUGAUAAUCAGAGUGUGUACACAGAAAUGGAAUACAGAAAACGGAGAUUUGAUGUUGGUAGCUAUUCUGAAGCCAGCACUGUGGAUCCAGUUGCUCGUAUGUUUUCCCAGCCUCAAAAAUCACACCUACCUAAGCCCUGCUUUGCAGAAAGUUGUGUCGAAUGUUCUCCGUGUUGUGCAGUGGAUAUCACCAAGUUUCCAGGCAGCACUUGGUGGAAAUUUAGAAAAACCUGCUACAAAAUUGUCAAACAUAGCUGGUUUGAAAAUUUUAUCAUUUUUAUGAUAAUAUUGAGCAGUGCAGCACUGGCAUUUGAAGAUAUUAACCUCGAAAAGAGAAAAACAGUUAAAAUGCUCCUAGAGUAUGCUGAUAAAAUAUUUACUUACAUCUUUUUUAUGGAGAUGCUUCUGAAAUGGAUAGCUUAUGGUUUGUACAGCUAUUUCACAAAUAGCUGGUGUUUGCUCGACUUCAUCAUUGUAUGUGUAAGUAUUAUACUCAACUUGUCUUAUAAUUUGAAUUUUGAUAUUUUCUGUCUUAAAAACUACAUUGCCCUGAAAUCUCUCAGGACGCUGAGAGCGCUGAGACCUCUUCGAGCUUUGUCAAGAUUUGAAGGGAUAAAGGUUGUUGUGAAUGCGCUCUUGGGAGCUAUCCCCUCAAUCCUGAACGUUUUACUCGUCUGUGUUGUCUUCUGGCUCCUGUUUAACAUUAUAGGAGUAAAACUACUCGGAAAAAAGUUUUGGAAAUGCACACUGAAGACAGGAAAUAUCAGUGAAAUUAAAAACAAAACUGACUGUUUAAAAAAUAAUGGAACAUGGGUGAAUAAUGCUGUAAACUUUGAUCAUGUUGGAAUGGGAUACUUGGCUCUUCUCGAAGUGGCAACUUUUAAAGGCUGGAUGGACAUUAUGUAUGCAGCAGUGGAUUCACGUGAGAUAGAUGAGCAGCCAAGCUUUGAAGCAUUUUUACCCAUGUACUUUUUUUUUGUGAUUUUUAUUAUUUUUGGAUCUUUCUUCAUGCUGAACCUUUUCAUUGGAGUGGUGAUCAGCAAUUUUAACAAACAAAGGAAAAAGAUAAGUGGAAAAGAUCUAUUUUUAACUGAGGAACAGAAAAAGUACUAUAAUGCCCUAAAAAAACUUGGAUCCAAGAAACCUCAAAAACCCAUCCCAAGACCACUGAAUAUGUUCCAAGGAUGUCUCUUUGAUAUAGUAUCACACAAAGCAUUUGACAUUAGUGUCGUGACUCUCAUCUGUCUAAAUAUGGUUGUCAUGAUGGCAGAAAAUGACAAUGAAGCCGUCAAGAAUGUUCUUAAAAAUAUCAACUAUUUUUUUGUGGCAGUAUUUACUGGGGAAUGUGUCAUAAAAAUACUAGCCCUGCGACAUUAUUUCUUCACCAGUGGCUGGAACAUAUUUGAUUUAGUUGUUGUGAUCCUCUCACUAGCUACUGUUGGACUUGCUGAAGGCUUUUCAAGCUUCUUCUCUCCCACGCUUCUGAGAAUUUUUCGUUUGGCACGAAUUGGACGAAUCCUUAGACUGAUUCGAAAAGCUAGAGGAAUUCGAACUCUUCUUUUUGCAUUAUUGAUGUCUCUUCCUGCUCUGUUCAACAUUGGUCUUUUGCUUUUCCUGGUUAUGUUCAUUUAUGCUAUUGUGGGCAUGACAAACUUUGCCUGUCUUGGCUGGGAAGAUGGAAUUGAUAACCUUUUCAACUUUCAAACUUUUGAAAGUAGCAUACUCUGUCUCUUCCAAGUUAUAACAUCAGCUGGCUGGGAUGGUCUUUUGAGUCCUCUGAUAAAAGAACCUGCAUCAUGUGCUCCCAACUUAAAUAUAACAGAUAAAGACAGCAAUAGUUGCAGAAAUAAGGUUGUUGGUAUCACAUUUUUUGUAAGCUAUGUCAUUAUAUCAUUUCUCAUUGUUGUAAAUAUGUACAUAGCUGUCAUUUUAGAGAACUUCAGUGUCGCCACUGAAGAAAGUGCAGAUCCGCUUUGUGAGGAUGACUUUGAUAUGUUUUAUGAAACCUGGGCAAAUUUCGAUCCUCAGGCAACACAGUUUAUUGAAUAUUCUGCUCUUUCAGACUUUGCAGAUGCACUGGCCGAACCUUUACGCGUUCCAAAGCCAAAUACAAUUCAGCUCAUAUCGAUGGACCUCCCUAUAGUGAGUGGAGAUAAGAUCCACUGCUUGGAUAUCUUACUUGCUUUCACUAAAAGGGUCUUAGGAGAAUCUGGGGAUUUGGAUAGUCUGGAAUUACAGAUGGAAGAAAAAUUUAUGGCUGCCAAUCCAUCAAAAGUUUCCUACAAGCCAAUUACUACAACCCUUAAAAGAAAACAAGAGGAGGUGUCAGCUCUUGUUAUUCAAAGGGCCUUCAGGAGGCAUUUGAUGCAGCGUUCUUUGAGACACGAAUCUUUCUUAUGCCAUCGUAAACACUGUAACAGUGCUGUCUUUGAAGAAGAGACACAUGAGAAGGAAGGUCUUAUUGCAUCAAUGCUUAAUGGAAAUUACGGUAGGAAGACAGACAAAUCACAAACUACAUCUUCCAUAUCUCUCCCUUUAUUUUAUGAUAAUAUUGCUGAAACAGAUAGUGAUAAUGUGGACACAUAG